GAGGAACCCGGCGACCUGUCAUCAAGUAUCUUCUGGUACACGGUCAUGCCCAUCGUCUUCGUACUCACCGUGCCCACUUUCGUCGUCUGCACAGUCUGUUUCGCGAUAACGCACUGCGCUACGAUAUCUCUCGCCCUGGAGUCCGGUUUCCUCAGUUUCCUAUGGGAGUCUCUGACGACGCACGUACUAGGACCGAGGGACGGUUGGCAGUUCCUACUGGCGUUCGCAUUGUACAGUUCGCUGUCCAUCGAAGCUCUGCGCGGCAAAAAGUACUGGGGCCCGACUACAUCAUCGGGACACAAGCCCGUCUACUGGAACACGGGUUUCACAUACUACCUGAUGACCAUGGGAUUCGCCGUCCUACUUCUCCUGAGGGAAGACCUUCCAUGCUUCACGAUCUACCGAGCCUUGCCCGGCUUCACUGUUUCCUUAGUGAUCGCGGGAGCGUUCGUGUCUGUCCUGCUCUUCUUAAUGGGAACGAUAGACCCUUCGCCGGGAGAGUUUGGCGUCACGGGAAACAUCGUGUUCGAUUUCUACUGGGGCAUCGAGCUCUAUCCUCGCAUCGGCGACAGGUUCGACAUGAAGACGUGGUUCAACAGCCGGUUCGGCAUGAUGCUCUGGCAACUCCUCGUGCUCGCCUGCUGGAAGGCGCAGGUGGACACCAUGGGCUGGAACUGGGCCAUGGCCGCGUCGUCCCUGCUGCAGAGUGCGCACAUCGCAAAGUUCUUCUGGUGGGAAGACCUCUACAUGCAGAGCAUGGACGUAACGGUGGACAGGGGAGGGUUUUACAUGUGCUGGAGCCAUAUGGCUUUUGUGCCGGCGAUGUAUUCCCUGGCCAGCGUCUACAUGGUCGAGAAUCCUCUGGACAUGAGUCCCUUUUCAGCCGCGGUCAUUGUGGCGGCGGGGCUUAUCAUGACUUCGUUGUCUUGGUGGUGUCAACGUCAGAGACAGCUGGUCCAGCAAAAGAAGGGCGAUUGCAACGUAUGGGGCUCGCCGGCGAAUGUGAUCAGGGCAACCUACAAGGACGCCGCCGGGAACGACGACACGAAGCUCCUCGUGGCUUCCGGGUUCUGGUCUGUGUGCCGUCACCCGAACUACGUCUUCGAUGUGCUCGCCGGUCUCUGCUGGGUUCUGCCAGCUGGGAACGCCAGCGUGGUGCCGUAUUUCUACGUCAUCUUUCUCGUGUGUUGGUUCGUUUACCGAACGAACCGUUUCGAGAGGCUGUGCGCGAAGAAGUACGGAAAGUACUGGAAGGAGUACUGCUCUUUAGUCAAGUAUAGAAUAGUGCCUUACGUAUUCUAAGCGGCGGCUUGAUGAAAAGCACGGAG